AUCAUAGAGCUAUAAUAAUGCUAUCGGUUUACGUAAUUAACGUACCAACCCGGUUGCCAUCGUUACAGCAACACAAAACAAGGCCGGUCGAGACGGCGCUUUACUGUGUUGCGUGUAACUUUGCCUUUUUACUUAAGUUCUCACUACUUUCUAGCACAUAUUGUUUCUAAUAUGUUACCAGUUCCUCAUCCAAGAGUACAGUUUGGCAGCUCUCAAAAGAGGAAACUCGUUCCGCUCCAUUUUGCGCCGGACCGACCGGAUGCGCCGGGGGUCCGUCCUUACCCGGAGGAUCGAAGGCCGAUCAGAGUGCCUCCUCAAGGCAAACCGUUCAACUCGGCCACACCGAGGUUCAUGUCCUCUACAGUUGAGCCCAGCCCCGGGCCUGGGUUCUACGAUCAAGAUGCAGCGAGAAACAGGAAAGUAAGCUGGCCGAUGUGUUUCGGGAGGCCAGACGGGUCCAGAAUCCCUCAGCCGGAGGAGAAGUCACUCAGUGGGACGCUGGAAAGUGAAAGGGAAUUCAUAAAGCACAGAAGCAGAGUGGCCUACCUGAGCUUAUACUAUGAACUCUUGAGCUGAUGGAGGUCAACCCACUGUUGAUGCUGCCUUUGUCAUAAUUUGUACCUGAACCUUUUAUGUAAAUGUCUGGAAUGAUACUGCUAUAAAAACUUUAAAAA